UUCGUUCGUCUGCGUCUCUGGGCGGUUUUCUAUUCAAGUGCUCUACUCCACACUGAUUAGCGUUCAACCAGAGUCACGACAAUCGGUAAAACAAUUCAAUGGGGUCGUCACUACCAGAGUUGAACUUGAAACGCGAUCACCAGGAUGAAAUCCAGGUAGGUAACCGGAUCGAAUUUUUGUUUCCCUCUACGUUGUCGAUGAAUCGUUUACUCUUGCGAAGGAGAAAAAGUGAUAAUCGAUCUCAUAUACUAUCGCACAUUUAGGGUUUCUCGUUGCCUUCAAUUCAAUUGUAACCAUGGAAAUUCUGCAUCCUAAUCGGAUCUCUCAUUUCUUCUCGAUACGAAUUGUUUUGGCCUAAUCGAUCUCAACUGUUGCAUAAUCAUAUGGGUCGUUUUGUUUCUCCAGGCUUUUAGAAUUGUAAUGAUGGUUUAGGGUUAGUUUUGGUGAAAAGGGGAUGAGAAGAAUGGAUUCUUGUUGCUGCAGGAAGAUAUUCUCAUGGAGAUCUUCUCUCGGCUGCCAGUGAAAACCCUAUUCCAAUUGCAGUCCGUCUGCAGGCGCUGGAACACCUGACCAACUACUUCUCGGCUUGCAACGCCUUCAAGACCCUGAUGGUCUACGAGAAUCAAGUGGGUGUGGGGAACAAAAAAAUCAUCCAGGCGUCUCCUAAUAAUGGCUUUGUGAAGAAAAUCAGGCAUCUGGAAGUCCCGAUGCAAGUAAUCUCCGGACGGGAUACCCUUGCUGGGUAAUCCUCAGGAUAGUUGUGAUCAUGCACUUACCCUAUGGAAUCCAUCAACUGGGCGAUUUAGGAAAGUCGCGGUGCCGCCCUGCAAUCAGCCCAGCAGAAAAGGGAAAUUCUCUCGACAUAGCUAUGGGUUUGGGACAGGUAAAGGGGCUGCUGAUCGUUCUGAUUCGUCACUUCAGCCUCGGGCAUUGCUCCUCCGACGAGCGUCCUGCACAAGUGAUGCUCUACUCACUCCGGACUGAUACUUGGAGGGAGCGGGUCGAGAUUGUUCGAUUUUUGGAGUGUUAUGCGCGUCUCCUGUCGCAGCAUUGGGGUUCGAUCUCACGAACCAAGUUUUCGAUCUGCUCUGCUCUGCUCCUGUCAGGCAACUCGUCAUGUACAAGGGUUCCCUCCCUCGUACUGUGGUGGUGCCUUGCAACUUUGGGCUUCACUAGUGGGCUGGGCUAGAUGCUGUAAAAUCUUUGUUCACGACUGCAAGCCCUCAUUCCUCGGCACAAGCCCCUUUAACUCCUACACGUAUACUAGACAGAGUUGUUCGCAUUUCCUCUUCCUUCAAGUAAAGAAGAGAUGAGGGGGAAAAAGGUUACGUAGCAAAAAGCAAAGUGGAUGGUAGUCUAGUCUUAGUCUAGUGGGUCAGGCAGCAAGAGAGAGCAAAUGGCUCAUCAGAUAAGCUAAUUUGACAGACAAGCACGAGAAUGUCUGCCAUGAUAACGAUCCAUGAAUGGGAAAGGGAAAGGGAAAGGGAAAGCAAAAAUUGGUACCAACUGCCAUCAUCUAGUCUUAUUCCAAACUUCCUAGCAAGCGAAACUGAUCAUCACCUAUCAAUUUGAGCUUGUGAUUUUUGCAGCUUCCAUGGCAGCGGAUGAUAACUUGAGUAGGGUUCUUGAUCUGGAGGUGAAUGCAUGUCCCAAUGGAUCAUACUCAUCAACAACCAUCAGUUGAUCAUACAGUUUCUUCAACCAUAGAGCUUCAAGCAAGAACACAAAAGCUUGUUUGUGCCUGCACAAUCACAUGUUGGCUCUUUCCACUACUUCCCUUCACCGUUCCCCUACUUCCCGUCAAAGAACCAAAAGCAUGGAUUCUUCUUCUCAAGCCAACACAGUUGAACAUUAUCAAUGGUCAUAAAGAAAGAAAGCCUGAUAACAAGACUUCUUAACUUUCUCUUUACCUGUUUCUGUUGUUGUUCAAGGGUUUUUUGUUUAUCAUGUGAAUUUACUUCUACCCUUUUGUUUAUCCAGAUUUAUUUCUGAGGAAUUCUGCUGCCAGAGUUUUGACCGGUGUGACUAGAUUGGGAUUGGGUUGUCUCGCAUCAUGGGAAUGUACAUAAUGUGACUUCUGAGUGAAUGAAUUUAGCACUAUGUUUGGGAAGGGGUGUAAAUGGAAGGGGGUGCAAGUUUGGAGGUGUUUACCCCCGUUUGGUUAUUUUGUAACAGUAGGGGGGUGCAAAACGUGAGCGUAAAUUCACAUUAUGUUUGGGAAUGGGUGUAAAUGGAAGGGGGUGCAAGUUUGGAGGGGUAAACACAAGUUCCAAGGUGUUUACCCCCGUUUGGUUAUUUUGUAACAGUAGAGGGGUGCAAAACGUGAGCGUAAAUUCACUGUUUCGGCUAACCCCCCAAAUUGGGGUGCAAGGGAAGGAAGGAAGGGGGAGGAAGGGAAUUAUGAAUUUUUAAUUAGAUUAUAAUUACAUAAUAAUUAAUAUUAUUAUUU